AAGAACUUAUUCAACAAGUUUACCCCCCUGCUUCUCUCUUUUCGAUGUGCGUUUUCGGACAUGCGGAGGUUACUGGAACCGUGUUGGUGGAUUUUGUUCCUGAAAAUCACCAGUUCUGUGCUCCAUUAUGUGGUGUGCUUCCCGGCAUUGACCGAAGGCUAUGUGGGGGCCCUGCAGGAGAGCAGACAGGGCAGCUCUGUGCAGAUCCGCAGGCGCAAGGCAUCCGGAGACCCCUACUGGGCAUAUUCGGGUGCCUAUGGUCCUGAGCACUGGGUCACAUCUAGUGUCAGCUGUGGGGGCAGCCAUCAGUCUCCUAUCGACAUUUUAGACCACCAUGCACGUGUUGGCGAAGAAUACCAGGAGCUUCAGCUUGAUGGAUUUGACAAUGAGUCCUCCAACAAAACCUGGAUGAAAAACACAGGGAAAACAGUUGCCAUCCUUCUGAAAGACGAUUAUUUUGUGAGUGGUGCUGGGCUGCCUGGCAGGUUCAAAGCUGAGAAGGUGGAGUUUCACUGGGGCCACAGCAAUGGCUCAGCUGGCUCAGAGCACAGUGUCAACGGCCGGAGGUUUCCUGUGGAGAUGCAGAUUUUCUUUUACAAUCCAGAUGACUUUGACAGCUUUCAAACGGCAAUUUCUGAGAACAGAAUAAUUGGAGCCAUGGCCAUAUUUUUUCAAGUCAGUCCGAGGGACAACUCUGCACUGGAUCCCAUUAUCCACGGGUUGAAGGGUGUCGUACAUCAUGAGAAGGAGACCUUUCUGGAUCCCUUUGUCCUCCGAGACCUCCUGCCCGCAUCCCUGGGUAGCUACUACCGGUACACAGGCUCCUUGACCACCCCUCCCUGUAGUGAAAUCGUGGAGUGGAUUGUCUUCAGGAGGCCUGUCCCCAUCUCCUACCACCAGCUUGAGGCUUUUUAUUCUAUCUUCACCACGGAGCAGCAAGACCAUGUCAAGUCAGUAGAGUACCUGAGAAACAACUUCCGACCACAGCAAGAACUGAAUGACAGAGUGGUGUCAAAGUCUGCUGUCCGAGAUGCCUGGAACCAUGACCUCGGUGACUUCCUGGACAACCCACUAGGAACAGAAGCCUCUAAAGUUUGCAGCUCCCCACCCAUCCACAUGAAGGUGCAGCCUCUGAACCAGACAGCACUGCAGGUGUCCUGGAGCCAACCAGAAGCCAUCUAUCACCCGCCCAUCAUGAAUUACAUGAUCUCCUAUAGCUGGACCAAGAAUGAGGAUGAGAAAGAGAAGACGUUUACUAAGGACAGUGACAAGGACUUGAAGGCUACCAUUAGCCAUGUGUCACCUGAUAGCCUUUACCUGUUUCGAGUACAGGCCGUGUGUCGGAACGACAUGCGCAGCGACUUUAGUCAGACAAUGCUCUUUCAAGCUAAUACCACCCGAAUAUUCCAAGGGACCAGGAUUGUGAAAACAGGAGUGCCGACGGCCUCUCCUGCCUCUUCAGCAGACAUGGCCCCCAUCAGCUCUGGCUCUUCUACUUGGACAUCCUCCGGCAUCCCCUUCUCUUUCGUCUCCAUGGCAACUGGGAUGGGUCCUUCCUCCAGUGGCAGCCAGGCGACAGUGGCCUCUGUGGUCACCAGCACGCUCCUAGCAGGCCUGGGCUUCGGUGGCGGUGGCAUCUCCUCCUUCCCCAGUACCGUGUGGCCCACACGCCUUCCUACUGCAGCCGCAGCCAGCAAGCAGGCAGGAAGGCCAGUCCUCGCCACUACUGAGGCUUUAGCGUCUCCCGGGCCUGAUGGCGACUCAGCUCCUACAAAGGACAGCGAGGGUGCAGAGGAAGGGGAGAAGGAGGAGAAACGGGAGAGUGAGGAUGGAGAGCGAGAGCAUGAGGAGGAGGGAGAGAAGGACUCUGAGAAGAAGGAGAAGAGUGAGUCUGCCCAUACAGCAGAAGAGAGGAACCAGACUGCUCCAGCCCCCACACCGUCUUCCCCUCGUAGGACUGCAGAGGAGGGAGGGCAUCAGACUAUACCUGGGCGCAAGCAGCACCACGAUGCCCCUGCAACAGACCAGCCAGGACCUGUUGCCCCGGGCUUGGACCCCAAUGAGGACACAGCCACCCAAGUGCCCCCAACAGCCACAGAGGAACAUUUUUCAGGGAGUGAUCAUAGGAGGCCCGAAAUGCCAUCUAAAAAGCCUAUGUCCCGAGGGGACCGGUUUUCCGAGGAUAGCAAAUUCAUCACUGUUAAUCCAGCUGAAAAGAACACCUCUGGGAUGAUAAGCCGCCCCUCUCCGGGGAGGAUGGAGUGGAUCAUCCCCCUGAUCGUGGUCUCAGCCCUGACUUUCGUGUGCCUCGUCCUCCUCAUUGCCGUGCUAGUGUACUGGAGAGGGUGUAACAAAAUAAAGUCCAAGGGCUUUCCCAGACGUUCCCGUGAAGUGCCUUCUUCUGGGGAGAGAGGAGAGAAGGGGAGCAGAAAAUGUUUUCAGACUGCUCAUUUCUAUGUGGAAGACAGCAGUUCACCUCGGGUGGUCCCCAAUGAAAGUAUUCCUGUCAUCCCCAUCCCGGAUGACAUGGAAGCCAUUCCUGUCAAACAGUUUGUGAAACACAUCGGCGAACUCUAUUCUAAUAACCAGCAUGGGUUCUCUGAAGAUUUUGAGGAAGUACAGCGUUGUACAGCUGAUAUGAACAUCACUGCAGAACAUUCCAAUCAUCCAGAUAACAAGCACAAAAACAGAUACAUCAACAUUUUAGCAUAUGAUCACAGUAGAGUGAAGUUAAGACCUUUACCAGGAAAAGACUCUAAGCACAGCGACUACAUCAAUGCAAACUAUGUCGAUGGUUACAACAAAGCAAAAGCCUACAUUGCCACCCAGGGACCUUUAAAGUCUACAUUUGAAGAUUUCUGGAGGAUGAUUUGGGAACAAAAUACAGGAAUCAUCAUCAUGAUUACAAACCUUGUGGAAAAAGGAAGGAGAAAAUGUGAUCAGUAUUGGCCAAUGGAGAACAGUGAGGAGUAUGGAAACAUUAUUGUCACACUGAAGAGCACAAAAGUACAUGCCUGCUACACUGUCCGUCGAUUUUCAGUCAGAAAUACAAAAGUGAAAAAGGGCCAGAAGGGAAACCCCAAGGGUCGUCAGAAUGAGAGGACAGUGAUCCAGUAUCACUACACUCAGUGGCCUGACAUGGGAGUCCCUGAGUACACCCUCCCCGUCCUGACCUUUGUACGGAGAUCGUCAGCAGCUCGGAUACCAGACAUGGGCCCCGUGUUGGUACACUGCAGUGCUGGUGUGGGCAGGACGGGCACCUAUAUUGUCAUAGACAGCAUGCUGCAACAGAUAAAAGACAAGAGCACAGUCAAUGUCCUGGGAUUCCUGAAGCAUAUCAGGACACAGCGUAACUACCUCGUCCAGACUGAGGAGCAGUACAUUUUCAUCCACGAUGCCUUGUUGGAAGCCAUCCUCGGAAAGGAGACUGAAGUAUCUUCAAAUCAGCUGCAUAGCUAUGUUAACAGCAUCCUCAUACCAGGAGUAGGAGGAAAGACACGGCUGGAAAAGCAGUUCAAGCUGAUCACGCAAUGUAAUGCAAAGUACGUGGAGUGCUUCAGUGCCCAGAAGGAGUGUAACAAGGAGAAGAACAGGAACUCUUCCGUUGUGCCAGCUGAGCGUGCUCGAGUGGGACUUGCACCAUUGCCCGGAAUGAAAGGAACAGAUUACAUUAAUGCUUCGUACAUCAUGGGCUAUUACAGAAGCAACGAAUUCAUUAUAACACAGCACCCUCUGCCACACACUACGAAAGAUUUCUGGAGGAUGAUUUGGGAUCAUAACGCACAGAUCAUUGUCAUGCUGCCAGACAACCAGAGCCUGGCAGAAGAUGAGUUUGUAUACUGGCCAAGUCGAGAAGAAUCCAUGAACUGCGAGGCCUUUACUGUCACCCUUAUCAGCAAGGACAGGCUGUGCCUCUCUAACGAAGAACAAAUCAUCAUCCAUGACUUUAUCCUUGAAGCGACACAGGAUGACUAUGUACUAGAAGUUCGGCACUUUCAGUGCCCCAAAUGGCCUAACCCAGAUGCCCCCAUAAGCAGUACCUUUGAGCUGAUCAAUGUCAUCAAGGAAGAGGCCUUAACACGGGAUGGCCCCACUAUUGUUCAUGACGAGUAUGGAGCAGUUUCUGCAGGAAUGCUAUGUGCCCUUACCACCUUGUCCCAGCAGCUAGAGAAUGAAAAUGCUGUGGAUGUCUUCCAGGUGGCUAAAAUGAUCAAUCUUAUGAGACCUGGAGUAUUCACAGACAUUGAACAGUACCAGUUUGUCUACAAAGCAAUGCUCAGCUUGGUCAGCACUAAAGAAAAUGGAAAUGGUCCCAUGAUGGGGGACAAAAACGGUGCUGUGUUAACUGCAGAAGACUCAGACCCUGCUGAGAGCAUGGAGUCCCUGGUGUGACCGCACCCCUGGACGGGCACUUAAUUUGUAAACUUCUGACACUUGGAAAGACAGAACUUUUUUGAGGCCUUUUUUGCCAGACUCUAGGUUAUACAAUAACCCAGUUACUUUUUUACACUGAUAAAAGUUUUGAUAUUUAUUUUUUGCCAUUUUAUGUCUUAAUGGUAUCCUACUGAGCAUUUGCACCUGUUCAUUUUACACAGUGAAACGCAACUUUACCUAGUUUGCACUAUACGAUCAGUGUUACUGCCUAUAAUCUAAUCUUCAGCAAAACCUGAUGUGACAUUCCAUGACGACAUACAUGCUCUUAUUUAGUUCUGUGCAGUGAGAGUCUUUGUUAUGACAGUGAAUCUCAGUUUUGUUAUUAUUCUAAAGCAAUUGCAUUUUCCUAGCAGGCAACACUGUACUUUUCUUAGUUCCCCUCUAUUUUCUAGGCACUGUUCAAAUACUACAUGCCUUGUGUUUCCAUGGAGUGGAUGGGCACUGUUGCCUUUUACAGGGCAGCAGGUUAAUGGGAGCCCCUAAGAAGUCUGUUGAUGUCUGUUCCAUUUGUAAUGGUUGAGGAAUCCACUAAAAAGUUAAGAGGGCUUAAGAGUUGCUUCAUGUGGACAUCUCUUAUUAGUUACUGAGUUAUAUUCACAGUUGAAAUGUGUCAAAAUAAAGAAUCACUCUGUAUUACAGAUUUCACAGUAGCUAUGUGGACAGUGUGUGUUAUUUCCAUUUUGACUCUCUGAAGUAGCUAUACCCUAAAAUCAGGGCUGGCUUUUAUAAUGGAAAGGUGGCACUAUUUCAUACACUCUUUAGUUAAUCUCCACUAAUACUUUUUCAGUAUCUAGUACCAUACCUCACAGUAGCCACAGCACAGAAAAGAAUAGGUAUUUAAAUCUAAAUGUUAGUGUUCAAAAAAAUCCCUACUAACUACUCCUAUAACAGUCCAAUAAAAAAAAAAUACCUAUAGACAACAAUAUUUUUUUCCUUAUUUUUUUUUGCCAAAUGUUAAACAAUAAAUCUCUUAAUUACAUACAUACUCUAUUUAAGAUUGAAUUGGAAAUGUAUUUGGGACCAAAUUCCUACAGAUAAAUCAGUCUUACUUGGAGAGAGACAUUUGAGUCUUAAAGAGAAAAUUCAGUUUUUGAAUGACAGGUGACAUCUCCAUUUUAGAACAGGUUUUAUUAGGAGAGUUGUGGGUCUUUGAGAGCAGAUAGAUGCACAUCAGUAAGAGGUGGCAAUGGUCUUUGGUGAGCCCUAGGCCUGGCUGGAGCUGCUUUUGACCCACAGUAGUACAUAAUGGGAAAAAUUAAGAAAUUUAAUUUGAGUUGGUUUAAAACAACACUCACUAAGCUAUUCACCAAGAUCUGUAUCUUCCUUGUAAUGUCUCCUUUUGAAGGUCAACUUCUGUCAGACUUGAAAUCAUCCCACAAGAUUGAGCCCAUGGACAAUGGGGUUUGGUUUCCUUGUUAUACCAGUAAGCUUUAUGAUGAGGCCCUGUGGCUGCUGUCACUCUUGGGGCAGCAUUGCAGCGGGGAUGUGGCUUUGUUCUUCUUGAGUUGUUUAUCUGGAACUAGUCACACAAGUUUUGGAGAACCAGAGCUACUAAGGAGGGGGUCCCAAGCCACGUCAAGGGUUUCAGUGCAUGGGCCAGGCCCAUAGAGGCCCAUGAAGACCAUUUGUAUAGACUAACCUAAGUUUUUGAACACACAGAGAACUGAGAGUCUGGCUUUCAAGAGUGUUGACCAGCUGAGCAGAGUCUAUAAGGUGUCUGCUAGAUAGCAUCCUAGGCACAUUUACCAACACACACACACACACACACACACACACACACACACACAUCCUGUCCCAUCAGAGGUGUCACCCUGCAUAAUUUAAAGAAGGACUAACCAUAGAUACAACUCUCGGGGCUGAACAGAAUAUUGAAGGAAAAAGAUUCAGAUCCUCAUAAGAGCUAGAGAUUCCUUGCCAAUUAAACAGAUUCUUUUUGCUGUACACAGAUCUGAUAUCAGCUGAUGCUCUUCAGUUAGAUGCUCUGUACUCUGCCAUUUGGAAUUAACAUUCGAGUUGGAGUUCAUGGUCUCACAAUUUUCUAUUAAUAAAAGUAACUGUUUAGAAGACAAAUAGCAAGUAUUACUUUCUGUGCUAUUCACACAGGAAAUUCAAUUUAUGGAAUUGGAAUUGCAUACUCCCCACAAAUCUGGAACUGUCUAACAUGAGUGAGAAAAUAAGGAGGAAAGGGGGUGAAAUAAGAAGGACAAAUAAAGUCAAGGUGGGUUAGAAGCUGUCUGUGGGCAGCCUGUAUAUCUACAGCAGGCUUGAACUAAAGCCUGUACAUCCAGCUUACUGGUCUAUGAGCAGUUGCUAGGUCCCAUUUUGCCACAAUGGUUCACAAAUCCUUCACUGAGGAGAGUUACCUUCAGCCAUCCUCAGUCCCCACUUUUACCACAAUAUGUAUCUUCCCUGUUCUUUGCUAUUGGCAAACAUAUUUUGCAUCUUUCCAGAGGCAGAGUGUUCCAAAUAUGUUUUCUUUGAGACAUAAGCACAUACUAAGGUUAUAACCACUUACAGUCAAGGGAAAGGGAUACAGCUCUUACUAAAGCUAAUGUGCAGGCUCCUAAGAUAAGAUGUUUGCAUGUGUUAUUUGCCUCUAGGGCAAUAAGCCACACAAACCAAAUGAAGCUGAAUUGUAAAAAUUAGAUCAGGCGGACAGGCUGGACAGCAAGAUGUAUUAGAGACAUUAGAACAGUUUCUUGUACCCUAAACCAUAAUACCAUCUUUAAUGUCCCUUGUCUAAAAUUUACCUUCUGAGUUUCAAGAAUAGUACAUUUGGUCCAGUGAUUUUCCUAAACUUUAUGCACAUUCAAGAUGAAAUAAGGGUUAUGGUGUUCAAGGUCUGGUUGGUAGUUUUUACCCCAAAGUGACAAUGAAAUCAGUAAGUAACCUUAAUUGUCUUAUAAUGACACAGCACAACUGCCUUCUCAUGACUUUUUCUUAAUUACAUAUAUACUAUGUUUAAAAUUAAAAUGUAGAUACCAAUUUACCAAAGAUACACAUUACUAAUUCUAAGCAAAAAAAAAAAAAAAAAAAAAAAAAAAAAAAUAGAAACCCAAACACAUCAUAAUUUAAGAAAAAGUAAUCAAAACGUAGUUGUCUUAAGGCUUUUGCAGUUACAUUGGAAAAUGCAUUUUUAAACCCCUAUGUCCUAAAAUUUCUGUUCAAAUGGUGCCAGUCAAUUUUUAUAUGAAGGGAAAAAAAUGCCUGCUUUUUUUUUUCUUCCUAGCAGCUGUAAUUUCACAUAACCCUUUGCACUUUCCCUUAGUUACCACUUAACACACAAUAUUGGCUUUAUUUAUCUCUAGAAAGAAGGCAUGGUAAAUAGAAGAAAUUAUAAUGACAUUUGGCCUCUACUUUUGUCUUAGCUGUUAAAAUGUUUUUAGUAUUUUUGUUAAAUAUUUGCAAAGGGAAGCAUUUUCUACAGAGGAUAAUUAAUUUCAAGAAAAAUAUCUUGAGUUUUAAGAAAUAAACAUCUCCAGGAAAGGAGACAGUCAAUUUUAUAAAGUGUCGUAACUCUCCAACAUUUGGGGUAGUGACUCCUUCUUUGUUAGGACAUUUGAAACUAGCGAGCAGCCAUUGUUUCUACAGAGCCCACUUCGUGUCGACACGUGUUUCUUUCACUUAAUUUUCUGAUAGCUCAAAUCAUUAAAACUGUACAUAUUCUGUUGCUUGAGUAAGCAUCUUCUGGGAACUUUGUAUCUAUGGUAUAUAAUCAUAGAAUUUUAUAUUUUCAUAUAAAGCUAAUUUUUUUCUAGUUUCAACUACGCCUUAGUUUUCUGUUUUGUUUUGUUCUCGUGGUGGAUAUGUGAACUUAACGUGUACUGAAGUAGCGAGAACCAUCUUUGCAUUCCAAAAGAAUCCAACCUGUGUUCUUCCUUUGAGGCAGUGAUUGUGAAAGUCUGGUUUUCUUUUUAAUUCCAUUGGCCAUUAGUGCAAUAGCAAUUAGACAUGACUAGUCACUGAAUACAUUUGUCGCAUUGACUCAUUUUGCAAAAAGUGGUUUUUUUUUUUUUGUUUUGUUUUGUUUUGUUUUUUAAGAUUUGUUCCAUGGGGGCAGGGGUUUUAUAACCUGAAAUUUUUCCCUUUUUCCUUCUGUUUUAAACUAUAUCAAAACAUUCUAUUAUAGUGUUAUUUAAUAUGUAAAUUGUAUUGCUAUACAUAAAAUAAAGUAUGGUUUUUGAUGUA